AUGAGCCUACCUAAUCCGAUACUGCAAUGGAAUUCCGGAUAUUUGCAGACAGAUCUCCCGGCUUUGCAAGUGUUUGAUGAGAUACGUUCGGAAUCUCCUUUUUUUUCUAGAGCCCGGUUCCAGGCUGUAGAGCAAGCCGACCUGGGGCUGCGGCCCCUGCCCCACACCCGGCCCGCGCGCCCGGCCCGAGGCCAGCACAGGACGCAGCCCCUCCGGGGCCGGGGCUGGCGGGGGCCGCUCGGGCUGCGGGCCGCUCUGCAACAGGUCACCCUGACCGCGACUCCGCGGGUUCGCGGGCCGCCAACUCUGCGGCCAGGCUUCUGGGCGCAGCCGCCGGGGCCAGGGGAGGGGGUGUGGCCCGGCUUCUGCUGGUCCUGGCUCCGAGGUCCGGGAUCGGGCUCACCUGAAAGGAGGCUGAGGCGCCGCUAGGCGCCAGAACAGCGCGGGCGGAGGCUGGGGGCUUCCGCCACCCAAGCGGGAGAGCGAGGCGGGUUCAAGGGGUCGCAGCGCCCCCGGCUUCAGGACGGCGCCCAGCGGGGACCCCACGACCGCUCCGACUCUGAGAACCCGCGGCCGAGGGAGGCGCGCCCCCCAGCGCCCUUCUCCCUCAGCCAGCUCCGCAGCCCCAGCUCCGCAGCCCCCUCCCUGCGCGCAGGGCGAGCAGCCCCGGGGCCCGCGGCCGGGAGAGCCACACUCCGCAGCGCCGCCGCCGCCAUUCCCCGCGCCGCCCGGGGAGCGCCGCGCACCCACCCUCCCUCCCUCCCUCCCCCGCACCGCCCCGCGGCCUCAGCCCACCGACCUGUGCAGCCGCGGCCGUCGCCUCAGAGGAUGGAAAGACGACGCCGGCCUCACGCUUCACCGCCACGGCCGCCGCCGCCGCCUGGAGUAGCACUCGCCGACCCGAACAGUCACCGUCUCUCAUUCAGCGCCCGCAGCAGCCGCCGCCGCCGCUGCCGCUCGGGGGAGGAGAGUGAGCUGGAACCACCCCGUCCGCGCCAGGGGUUGGGGAAGAGAGCGGACCUGGCGGGGGCGCGCGCCAAGCGGGCGGGGCGGAGCCGCGCGCGCGCGCACCAACGGAGCGCGCUCGCGGGGGCCCUGAGAGCUGUAGCCGUCAGGGUCUUAAUCUCGCGCUUCCCGCCCGCAGCUUUUCGGCCCCGCGGAGCCCAACUGCCGCCGGGGAUCGGUGCCCGCAGCGCGCGCAGCCAUCCGCAACCCCACCGCCCGGCGCCUGCUGAAAGGAGGGGCUCCCACCGGCCAAACAACGGGGCGGGAAGGGGUGGGAGGAUGGACAGGUGGGGCGUCCGCCACCGCCUGGCCGCCCGCUCCCGGCACGCGGCCCUCUGUGAAAUCCGCCGUGAUGUCUGUGGCCUUCAGCGCCCGGCUCUUCACCUUUAA